GAUUGGUACGCUCACGUCUUGCGGUUCUGAGAAGAUAUCUUUAGCAAGAACAAAGAUGGUUCGGACUAUUUCGAGCAUAAACCUGGAGGAUGAUGCUAACACAGGAUCGAACAAGCGGAAGGACGACGGAAGGAGGAAACCCAUGGGCGCUUGUGACUCGACUUUAUUAUGUCUAGCGCCCAUAAAUGGGGGUUAACUUGUUUGAAUUGGCUACCCCCUUGAAUUUUUUUUCUUCCAUGUUCAGAGCUCUCUCUCGUCCCAUCCGUACCAACACUCACUUUGUUCGAAGAGCAAUGGCCACCUCAAGGACUCCUGACUUCAACAAGCCGCUUUACACUCCUCUUGCAGAGAUCGACCCCGAGGUGCAGAACAUUAUCGACAAGGAGACAUGGCGGCAGUUCUCUGGUCUCGAGCUUAUUGCUUCUGAGAACUUGACGAGCAGGGCUACAAUGGAAGCAAAUGGUUCGAUCCUCACUAACAAGUACUCAGAGGGUCUUCCUGCCGCUCGGUACUAUGGUGGCAAUGAGUACGUCGAUGAACUGGAAGUCUUGUGCCAGAAGCGUGCCCUUCAGGCCUUCCACUUGGAGCCUUCACAGUGGGGUGUCAAUGUCCAACCUUACUCCGGCAGCACUGCUAACUUCGCUGCCCUCACUGCGCUCCUCCAUCCUCAGGACCGUCUCAUGGGUCUCGGCCUACCUGACGGUGGUCACUUGACUCACGGUUACUACACUGCCAAAAAGAAGAUGACUGCGUCUUCAAUUUACUUCCAAUCCCUCCCUUACGGCCUUGACCCUGCGACCCAGCUCAUUGACUACAAUGGCAUCAAGUCGUCGGCUAAGAUUUACAAGCCACGUCUUAUCAUCUGCGGUGCUUCCGCUUACCCCCGCGACUGGGACUACAAGACUCUCCGCGCAAUCGCCGAUGAGAAUGGUGCCUACUUGAUGGCAGACAUCGCUCACAUCGGUGGUCUCGUUGCUGCUGGUGAACAGGCAAAUCCCUUCGAAUACUGCGAUGUUGUCACCACCACUACCCACAAGACCCUUCGUGGUCCUCGUGCCGGUUUGAUCUUCUUCAAGAAGACUGGUGAGAAAGCCCAAGAUCUCCAGAAGCGUGUCAACGAUGCUGUUUUCCCUGCCUGCCAGGGUGGUCCCCACAACAACACCAUUGCCGGUAUCGCCACUGCUCUUCUCCAGGCAAGCCAACCAACAUGGAAAGCAUAUGCCAAGCAAGUCAUUGCCAACGCGAAGACCCUCGGUGAAGAGCUCGUGGCUCGUGGCUACAAGCUCCAGACGCAGGGUACCGACAACCAUCUUGUCCUCUGGGAUCUCCGGCCCCUCGGUUUGACCGGUAGCAAACUCGAGAAGCUUUGCGACCUUGUUGGUAUCACAAUCAACAAGAACGCUGUUUCUGGUGACGCCUCCGCUCAAGUUCCCGGUGGUAUCCGUCUCGGUACAUCAGCCCUGACUUCUCGUGACAUGCUUGAACCCGACAUGAAGAUUGUCGCUGACUUCCUCCACCGUGCCGUUCAACUUGCCCUUGUUCUCCAAAAGGAAGCGGGCAGCAAGCUUCUCAAGGACUUCGUCCGUGUUGCUACUGUUGAAGAGGAGGGUAAGGAGGGUGCUCAAAAGGUCAAGCAGCUCGGUCGUGAGGUCCGUGAGUUCGCUCGAAGAUGGCCACUUCCUGGCGUCGACGUCUCGACGUUGCAGAGGCCUGCUGGCAUUGAGGAGGAUGAGUAAGCGUUGCGCGUGUCAUCCGUUUUACGCCAGGUGUUGUAGGGGUGUGGUCCGCUCAUUUUGACUUUUUUUGCUUUGGUUUUGGUGGCCUUGGAGGGAUACACCUUUUUUGUUCUGGUGGAGUAGAGUGACUCAACGUCAUAAGUUCAACCGUUCAACUGUGCUCUUCGUAGAUGUAAAAUUAGUCGGACAUUCAACAUAGUCUGGCCCUACCCUGGAUGUUCAAUAGCCAUCUAGAGCCGUAUCAUAGUCUGUAUUCAUAGCUAGCAUAUAUACUCAUGGUGUUCAAUUAG